UCCAGCGUUGGUAUAAAAGGAAUUUUGCCGGGCGGCCUCUGUAAUUAUAUGUUGACCAAGUCCUCCCGUUUGCCGUCUCAGGUGAACUGAGGAAAGCGGAAGAAGAAACUAUGCAUUACUGGGUGAAAGCUUCCCCCUCUGAUUUCUCUGGAACUCUUCCUAAACCUCGCAGUGGCCACUCCGCUGUUAACAUCGGAAAUUCGAAGAUCGUCGUGUUUGGUGGCCUUGUCGACAAGAAAUUUCUAAGCGAUAUCGCUGUUUACGACAUCGAAAAUAAAUUAUGGUUUCAGCCAGAAUGCACUGGCAAUGGCUCAGAUGAACAAGUUGGUCCCAGCCCACGAGCUUUUCAUAUUGCUGUCGCAAUUGAUUGCCACAUGUUUGUCUUUGGUGGACGUUUGGGUAGCAAAAGGAUGGGUGAUUUCUGGGUUCUAGACACUGAUAUCUGGCAAUGGUCUGAGCUAACUAGUUUUGGUGAUUUGCCUUCACCAAGGGACUUUGCCGCAGCCUCAUCUUUUGGAAACCGGAAAAUUGUCAUGUGAGUAUUAGUAUGGGGGUGGGAUGGUAAGAAGUGGUUGUCAGAUGUAUAUGUCCUAGACACAAUGUCACUUGAAUGGACUGAACUUUCAGUUUCUGGAUCACUGCCUCCUCCAAGAUGUGGCCAUACUGCAACUAUGCUUGAGAAAAGGUUGCUUGUCUAUGGUGGAAGAGGAGGUGGUGGGCCAAUACUGGGCGACUUAUGGGCUCUAAAAGGACUAAUUGAAGAAGAGAAUGAAAGCCCUGGAUGGACUCAGUUGAAGCUUCCAGGUCAAGGUCCUUCUCCCCGUUGUGGCCAUACCAUUACAUCAAGUGGACAUUAUCUACUGUUAUUUGGAGGACAUGGGACUGGUGGUUGGCUUAGUCGCUAUGACGUUUACCACAAUGAUUGCAUUGUGUUGGACAGGGUAACUGCUCAGUGGAAACGGUUGCCUACUGGAAAUGAAGCUCCUUCAGCACGAGCAUACCAUUCAAUGAACUGUAUUGGAUCACGUCAUUUGUUAUUUGGUGGUUUUGAUGGGAAAUCGACCUUUGGUGAUUUGUGGUGGUUAGUUACUGAAGAGGACCCCAUUGUAAAGAGGUUGUUUUCCACAUCAUCCAACGAUCUCCCUCAAAAUAAGGACUUGACAUCAUUGAGCAAAGAUUCCAAUUCUGCACACGAGGAUUCUCACGAGAGGCAUAAUGCAGUAGUAGAGUUGGGAAAGAGUUUGGGGAUUACCAUCUCAUUCUCAAAUCCGGGUCUUCCAGUUGUAGACGAGAUGGAUGAUAAAGAGUUCCUUAAUUUAGCAUACAGUUUAAGUGAAGUUAAACCUUCUAUCUCUGGACGUGCUACGCAUAUUGAGGCCAUCGAGGCACUACGGAGCCAUUGGAGGAAUUCUAAUCCUAGGUUAAUUCCACUGAAAGAGCUUGGGCCAUUACUUCGUGAUUACCAGCGCUUGAUCACUCAUAAUUAUUUUGCAAACGAUGGGCCUCGGUCAGAAUUCAUUAGUACCAGUCUUCCUGGAAAGGAUGCAUAUCAAUUCUACCAUAUUAAUGACUUCCGUCAGCUCCUCGGAAAGCAAGCCUAUUUCUUCUUUAUACAUGUUUGCUUUGGUGAUAUUGAUCGGUCUGGUUGUGGGCUUUUAGAUGGCCAGAGCUUUUCACCUUUUGCUUUUGCUUUAAAACUUUCUUUCCAAUGCACUCUCUCUGUAACUACAGGUUUGUUUUUUCUUGGAAAAUGUUUGAAAGGGAUUACACAUAUGAAAUACCCUGAGAAUGUCUGAAUAUUUCUUCCCUUUUUAAAUUUGUUUUAGAGGGAUGUCAGUGGGCAAUUAUAUCUCUAGAAAAAGGAGAAAUUUAGCCAAAUUUAAAUUUCUAUCACAAAUUACCAUAUUGUUUGCUCAAUACAUUAAUUAAUUGUUUUUUUUCUCUCUAUCUCAAACAAAAGUUGGAGAUUUGAAGCUA